UUGAGUUUGACUGACAUCUUUGCAAUGCAGUGAUCUCAGCUAGUUUUUUUUUUUGCUAAUUUCAUGGUCAUUCUGACAACUCUUUCAUAGGCCGUGACGAGAAAAUCUCUAUACAACAUAACAAAGAAACGAUUUACAGAAUUAAGCUAAAUUUUAAAUCUAGUGAUAAACAGUUGUUCGUGUGAUAUUAUACACCAAGUACAAAAGAAGAGAAACACUAUUGCUUAGAACAUUGAAAUAAUUGUGUGCGAUCAAAAUGUCAACGCCAGCUAGAAGACGUCUUAUGAGGGAUUUUAAACGCUUACAAGAGGACCCGCCCACCGGUGUUUCUGGAGCUCCUACUGACAAUAAUAUCAUGAUCUGGAAUGCUGUGAUAUUCGGUCCCCAUGAUACUCCAUUUGAGGAUGGGACCUUUAAAUUAACUAUAGAAUUUACUGAGGAAUAUCCUAACAAACCUCCAACAGUUCGAUUUGUAUCCAAAAUGUUCCAUCCAAAUGUGUAUGCUGAUGGUGGGAUUUGUUUAGACAUUUUGCAAAAUAGAUGGAGCCCAACAUAUGAUGUCUCUGCAAUUUUAACCUCAAUACAGUCAUUGUUAAGUGAUCCAAACCCCAACUCACCAGCAAAUUCGAUGGCGGCCCAGUUGUACAAGGAAAACCGUAGAGAAUAUGAGAAGCGUGUGAAAGCUUGCGUAGAACAAUCAUUUAUUGAUUAGCAGGGCACGUGUGAGGUUGGCAACAAUGUUGUAUGCCUGAUUUGCACUGCCCAUGGCAUUGGCCACCAAUAUAAUUCAUUGGGACGAAUGUGUAAAUUAAAAAUUAUAAUAUCAUAUACAGACCUGCCUUUGUACAUUGGCAGCACGGGACAUAAGAAAGAUUUUGGUAAACCGUGUAUAUUAAGAAUUUUACUUUUGUUUUGUUGGUAAUAGUGUUUUCAUAAUCUAUCAAAAUAUGUUCUACUCGGAUUACCAUGUGCAAAUAGCAAAUAAUAAUAGACUAAUAACAUGUUUAACAUUAAUAAAA